UAAACAAACCAGCUUGGAAAUAUAAAAAAAUAAUAAUUUUAUAAAUUUAAAAACCAAAUAUUUAGAAUUUAAAUAGAAAUAAACUAAAAUUCAUAAAAUGUUCUACCAUAUCGCCCUCGAGCAUGAGAUCCUCCUCCAUCCGCGCUACUUUGGUCCACAACUUCUCGACACAGUCCGUCAAAAACUCUACACAGAAGUUGAAGGAACCUGUACAGGAAAGUACGGAUUUGUCAUUGCAGUCACAACAAUCAUCGACAUUGGAUCUGGAAUUAUUCAAGCUGGUCAAGGCUUUGUCGUCUAUCCAGUCAAGUACAAAGCCAUCGUCUUCCGACCAUUCAAAGGUGAAGUCCUCGACGCUGUCGUUAAGCAAGUCAACAAAGUCGGAAUGUUUGCAGAAAUUGGUCCACUUUCGUGCUUCAUUUCACAUCACUCAAUUCCAGCUGACAUGCAGUUCUGUCCCAAUAGUAAUCCAGCAUGUUAUAAGUCAAAGGAUGAAGACAUUGUGAUAGCUGCUGAGGAUAAGAUUCGAUUGAAAAUUGUCGCACUGUCAUUAUUUGGUGCAACUGAGACGGUAGACUUACCAUGCAGCUACAUUCAUAAUUCAUAUCCAUUUGUUGACAGAAUUUAUUAUUGCCAUAUAGGAGGUAUAGUCAAAAUCAACUCAAGAAAUGAAUUGGCUACAUUUUCAGGAGAUUAUGAGCAUGGAUAUGAUAAUGAUAAUGUCAAUGGAUUCAUGGUCCAGUCAAAUGUUUAUUACUUUCCAAGUGGGCUGGACAUAUUUAAAAAUCUAUUCUACAUCAAUGUAGGAGAUCAUCUCAAAGAUAUUCGUCAAGUUAACAUGAAACCAUUUAAUAAGUUGCGGACGCUCGUGCUACAAGGAACAAUAGAAGUUCUGGAAGAAGGAUUAUUUGACAAUAAUUUAGAGCUGCAGUACAUUGAUUUAAAAGAGAACAAAAUUUCUCACAUUGACGCAAAUGUUUUUAAUAAUUUGUCAAAAUUGAGCUACUUCUAUAUUGACCGUAAAGCAUGCAUCCACAUUUCGGUACACAACAGUUUAUCAGAAGUUCAAAAUGUCAUCGCAAAAGUCAAAGAAAAAUGCACAAAUUCAGGUUAUUUAAUUAUUAAACAAAAAAUUGCAGAUUUAAAGCUUGAAGCUGAUUCCUUAACGUCAACAAUUUUAGAGGAUAAAAUUAAAAAUCUUGAAGACGAGGUCAAAAAAUCUAAAUUUUGCAUUUAUUUCGAGAAAAAAUUGGAAAUUUUGAAACUUUUUGUGAUUGAUGAUUAA